CUCUCCACACAACACGCUACACCAUCAAGCAAUAUCACGCAUCGAACUCUCCAACAUGCAUCCACUGGCAUUCAAGCUAAACCCCCUGCCACCAAUCAGCAUGGCUAAAGUCAGAAAGACCCGAGCAUCAAAGGCUACGGAACUCUCUGAAGAUCCAAUCGAGUCAUCUACCCAAAUCUCCACCCAAAUGCCACCAACCCCACCCAAGAAGAAGCCAAUCGGUCGACGAAAGGGAGAGAGACCGAGAGCAGUCGUCAAGAGAUCCCCGGUUGAGGUCGAGAUCAAGAAGGAGGAAUCGACUCAAGAACCUCCGCCCUACAAUCGCUACCAGGCAUUUGCCUCUCAACAAAUGACCGACCAAGACGAGAGGAUGAUCGACCUAUUGUCAAGCUUCGACAAGAUCUUCGGCACUGACUGGUUGAAGGAUUGGACAUUGUUCAACCGAGCUGGAAUCCUUGACUGUGAAUCGAUCGAUGAUGACGGCUUCGCUCGACUUGGUUUGAUCAAAGGUGUUCGUGAGGGAAGUCUAUUCGAAGGCUUUGUCAAGGGACGUCUCUAUUGAUGGAGGCUUCGACACUCAGUGGAGCGGGAAGCGGUCGUUUUAUUUGUCUGCUCUCUUGAGUAUUUUGUUCGUCGUGGUCGAUUGAAUGGAGGGUAUCCGGGGGUAUACGCCGUACGAAUGCGAGGGAUGUAACAUGAGACAUAAUUAUAGUGUGCACUGGAUCAAGCU